AUGGUUUCGUAUCGCAACACUACGAUGAGGACAGCAACAGAAUUGUUGACCCUGGCGGAGAUACCCAAGCCGAACGGGUUAGACUGCGCACAAUUCGACUUUGAGACUUUCCGAAGAUCGCAAGCAUGCAGAAGUAAGGAUGCCAAAUACGAACAUGCCUUCAGGCAGGUCGCUCGAUUCGACACGGGAUUUUUCCCUCGUCCGGAUAACAAAGAGGGGAGGCCGUUUGUUAAGCCGGUUCAGUAUGUCGCUGCGGCUUUGACACUGGAUGAUGCUACCGACUCGAGCGAGCAGAUUGCAGAUGCGGUGCAACGGAUUAGAAUGUGCUACGAGAAGAUGCUCGUUGACAAGACCACCAAGGAAGUCGAUAACGCUCCUUAG